AUGGGUCUCACCUUCUCGAAGUUGUUCGACCGGCUAUGGGGACGUAAGGAGAUGCGAAUCCUGAUGGUCGGUCUUGACGCCGCCGGAAAGACCACCAUCCUGUAUAAGCUGAAGUUGGGUGAAAUCGUCACCACCAUCCCCACAAUUGGUUUCAACGUCGAGACCGUCGAGUACAAGAACAUUCAGUUUACUGUGUGGGAUGUCGGUGGUCAGGACAAGAUCCGUCCCCUCUGGAGACAUUACUUCCAGAACACUCAGGGUAUCAUCUUUGUUGUCGACAGCAACGACCGUGACCGUAUUGUCGAGGCCCGCGAAGAGUUGCAGCGCAUGCUGAAUGAAGAUGAGCUCCGUGAUGCUCUUCUCCUUGUUUUCGCUAACAAGCAAGAUUUGCCGAACGCCAUGAGCCCCGCCGAGAUUACCCAGCAGCUUGGUCUGCAGAGCCUCACCCGCCGUGCUUGGUUCAUCCAAUCCACCUGCGCUACCACCGGUGACGGUCUCUACGAAGGUCUCGAGUGGCUCGCCGACGCUCUGCGGAAAACGAACCGUGACUAG